AUCCUUUAGUCCGUCUCAGUGUUUUGGGUGUUGGGCCUGGCAACUCGCUGCUUUAGCCGCAUAACUUCCCUCCAUACAUGCUUCAUAAACUUCUGUAAAUUGGAGCCAUGAUAUUCCGGACGGCAGUAGAGCAUGCCAAGAAGCACCCCGGCCUCAUCCCCCAGUUCUUCUUCAUCUGUCUGGGAAUGGGUGGGGCGACCUUGUAUCUGGUGCGGCUUGCCAAGGGACCCCACGUUACGUGGAACAAGACCAGCAACCCUGAGCCCUGGAAUAAGCUUGAUCCCACCUACCAGUACAAGUUUGUGGCCAUCACUACCGACUACAAAAACCUGAAGAAGGAGGGGCCCGACUUCUGAAUGUCACCUCUCUCGAAUCAGAGCGGAUUCCCCACCGAGUGCUGGUCUAGGGUCAGAUUUACUCGUCCUUCUGAGGGAUACAGAUACCACCGAGGAGGGCAAAAUGGACCCUAGAUCAGCAGCUUGAAUGAUGUGGAUGUAUGUAAAGCUUUAGCCUGUAGUGUUCCUGUGUCUCUCCGUCUUAUGGGCAAAGCAGCUGACAAAAUGUUCAUGAUUUCACCCUGAAGGCACACAUGCAUAUUGAAAAUGUUCAGUGAGUCGCAGUUUGGUUGCUGUACUGUUUGCUCCUGCCUCACAAGGAAGCGUUUGGGUACUGAUGCGUAAUCAUUAUGCAGUACAGACGCAUGAAUUGACUUUGAUGAUGCUUUACUUGCCGUUUCUUAAGGUUUCGUCUCAGUUUGCUAAAGAUAUCAUCCAGCUAAAGGUUGAAAUAUCAAAGAUGGGAAAGCUUGUCUUCUUCUGCAGUCGAAAAAGUUCCUUGUUUAUGUAUUCUGCAUGUCUGAAGUUUUAACCACACUGACUUCCGCAAACUGUCAGACUGACACACCACUGUGCACUGAAAUGACCGUGCAUACGUUUCUCUUUGUAACUUGUACACAAUUGUGAGUUUAGCAGCCACUAAAUUCGACAAUUACUGUGUUAAAGUUAUGAAAAUGGCAUGAGAUGCAUAAACCUGUUUCACAAUAAACUGUCUGUUGCGUUGUGUCUA